CAGUCCCUUAGCGGCAACUCAGAUAAGAAAAACCUUGAAAACUCCAUUUCUUCUCCGAAGGUCACUAAGAGGGAGAAAAUGGCGAACCUGAGAACGGCAAUGGACUCACAAUUCUGGGACCAGAACGUAGCGUCGCCGCAAUUCCUUGACGGGUGUGCCCGGUCCGUUCCCGGCCACCCUUUUCCGCAAGACGGCACGCGAGCUAGCCGCGCUUUGAGAAUGCAGCAGCUCUCGAUUAUGGGAAUGGGGUUUCCUCUGGGUAUCAUCCCUUCUUAUUCUCCCGUUCCCCAUCACAAGGAGCUAGGUUCCUUCUCUCUGCAAUCUCUCUUGCUCAGACUGGAGACGUCCAACUGGUGGCUGGGAUUAAUUGGGCAGUUCCGUCCAAAGAAACUGAUUUCUGCAGUUAAAAAAGAAAUUGCCAGAGCAGAGGAGUUUGGACUCCCUGUAAUCAAAGAGGCCGCGAAGCAAUUUUUGGACAAGUCACUCUAUUCGAUUGGUUUAAGCUCACAAUUUUCUCUGAGUUCCUCAUCAUCCUUACUGUUGAGCACAGAACGGCAUGGUGAAAAGAAGAAAAAUCGCUACAAAAUGAUGCUCUUUCACCAGCUCCCAGAACACGACAUUACGUUGGAGGCUGCAUGGCCUGAGCUAUUCAUUGACCAUAAAGGAAAAUACUGGGAAGUUCCAGAGUCAAUUAGCCUUGAUUUGUCUUCCCUUGGCUCUGGUUCCGGGUUACGAUACCGUUUUGGCAUACACAAAAACACCGGUGAUCCCUAUGCAGUCAAUGCCAUUGACAGUGAGGUGCCAUUUUCAUUAAUGCCUGGAUUAUGUGCUAAAGCUGCCUUUUCUUAUGAUAAGAGUGUGGACCUUUGGAGGCAAAAGGAGAAAUUGAAGGACGUCGUCAUAAGAACUAACAAGGCUUGGUAUUUACGGCCUUCUUAUGAUGUGUUUCUUAGAGAGCCUCACGCGGCCGUAUCUGGCGUUAUAGGUGGCACAUGCGCAGCAUGGUUUGGGGGCGGGGAGAGCCCAGCGUCCGUUCAAACCCAAGGUGGUGAAGAUGUUCAUAGGAAUAUUAGAAAGAGAAGUCCACUGAUUGCAGAUCUGUUCGGCUCAGUUUGCUGCACAUUCCAACAUGGGAGGUUCAAAAAGGAUUAUGGUGACUUGACCAGGGUAGAUGCCCGUCUAGAUAUCUGUUCGGCUUCAGCUCUUGCCAGCAGGGUUUUCAAUGUUAUUAGGAGUCCAUCAGUUCGAAGCAUUGACAAUCCCUUGUCUUCGCCGAGGCUCAAUUUGAUCUUUCAGCAGCAGAUUGCCGGGCCUAUUGUUUUUCGACUAGAUUCAAGGUUUUCGCUCAGCGCAUCGUCAGAAAAAAGUGGUCCGCAUAUGGAGGAUCUUAUAUGCAGCUUGAAUUACUCAUUGAGGCUCCUAAGCUCAGGGAAAGUUGUUGCAUGGUAUUCCCCAAAAAGGAAAGAAGGGAUGAUCGAAUUACGUCUGUUUGAGUUCUAAGCAAUAUUUUUCCCUUUGUGCCUCUUGUCUUAUGAUUGUUACAUGUUAACUCUUUGUCUAUCCUAUUAGAAAAUUAUUUUACUGCUGUACAUUAGCCAUUGUUUCUUGAAGAAGAAAAGAUCUUAAUCUCCACUGUGCCAAUGCCGGAGUCUUUAACUCAA